AAACAAAAAAAACAAAUGUGACAAAAACACCAAACCCAAAAACGGUUAAGAACAAAAAAGGAUAAAAUAGUCUUUUUCUUCUCCUCCUUAUUCUUCUCCUGAUUUUCCUCUCUCUUCAUUUUCUUCUCUUUUCUGGUAUAUGAACAAAGUUCUGAGCUGUGACCAUUAGACCAACAACAGUCUUUAUAUCUUCUUUCUAUCUCUCUCUUUCUAUUAUUUCCCUUCUUCUGUUUUAUGUUCCUAUUUCUUCAAAAACUACAGCAUUCGCAUUCAAAUUCACCUUCACUUGCUGCCUCGGCUUGCUCUUCAGGUCAGAGGCCAAAAUAGGUGGAAUUCAUAUUCAAAGCCUGUUUUGUUAGAGAAAAACUUACAUAUGAAUAACAAAGGGAGUCAGAACGUUGCUACCUGCAAGCCUGUCACUACAUUUGUCCAAACCGACACCAACACUUUCAGAGAAAUUGUGCAGCGAUUGACAGGUCCAUCAGAGAACAACUCUGCAGUCGCGCCACCAGAAGCAACCGUGAUAAAAACCGUCAUACAAAAGAAGCCAACUUCAAAGCUCCAUGAGAGAAGGCAAUGCAUGAGGCCAAAGCUUGAAAUUGUCAAACCUCCUCUAAGCUUUAAGCCCACUGGUACGACACCAUCAUCUAAAUCUGGUAAUACCAACCUUUUAACAAGUCCAGUGGGCACCCCUUCUUCAUUGUUCUCUAACUUGUCCUUGGUAGAAGGGGAGAAAGCCGAACCAGAUAGUUGUACAACAAACAUUGAAGAAGAGGAGAAAGCCAUUAAAGAAAGACGCUUUUACUUGCAUCCAUCGCCAAGGUCUAAACCAGGGUAUACAGAACCAGAACUGCUUCCUUUGUUUCCUUUAACUUCUCCCAAUUCAAGUGGCAAACCAUAAACCUGGCAGAUUAAUCAUAAGCUUGAUUUCUGCCUACAUUCCCAAAGAUUAUGUACAUGUAGCGUUCUCACUCAAGAAUUGUCUCUGUAAUCUAUGUGCAAUGUCCUUGUGUACACCAUCAUGAUCUAGCUUUGCAAUGUUUUAUGA